UUAUUAAACACAUACAUACAUUUCAUAUGAACGAUGUUCCAUACAGUCAUUGUUGAAUAAUUCUACAUAGUUGAUUGUUAUAGAUCGUUCAUCAAGUACUGAAUUCCUACAAUUGUUUUCAGAAACCACAGUUUGUGUUCGCGCAUGCAUUGAUUAUUCUGACUUUUAACGCUUUAUUCGAGUGUAAUAUGCCUUUAGUGUUGUCAGAGUGUUCAACUUCAAAGUACAAAACAGAUAGACGACAUUGUUAAUGUCACGUCACAAUAUAAUUGUCAGUGUAGUAAUACAUGCAUAUAUCUGCUUAUUUUUUUAAAUUUUUUUCUGUUAUAAACUUCAUUGAAAUAAUUAUGUUCUAUUGUUAAAUGAUUUUAUUGGUAGUAUUUUUAGUUGAAUACUCCAAAUUAUAAAUCACAAAUUACUGUAACUAAAUCCAGUAUAUGAUAAAAUUUGUCUAAAUAAAUUAUGUGUGCCUUAUUUGAUAAAAGAAAAUUUAAAUAAUAUCGAUCGUUUGGUAUCGCAAAAUGAAUUAACUAUAUAAUUCAUUAUAGAAUCGUGCAAUGAAAUAUGAGAGGAGAAUUGCAAUAAAACAAACUGUUGCAUCAAUGAAUCUUAAGGCUCAUUCAAUAAGAGCUAAUGAAAUGUAGAAUUUGCUGAAAAAAAUUAAUUAUGUCGAAUAAAAAAUUGAAAAGAAUAUUAUUUCAAGAUAUAAGAGCUUUAUUGUAAAUAUCCUCAAAAUAAAACAUAAUAGCUGUAAAGUUUUUAAAAAAUAUGUACAAGCAUGUCUCAAAGCAACAACAAAGAACAGGCAGUACACGAGGAGACCGGUUCGCUAUACGUAUUUCCAACUAUUCAAGCUACUCCACGAAUAUCUUCUCAGAAUUCCUCAAAUACAAAUUUACCAUCGCCUACAAUUAUGACAUCAACACUUUCGUCAUUGACAAUAAAAAAGGAUACCGUUCCAAUCGUCAAAAAAGAAGAAAGCAGUAAUGUUUCGAAAGAUCAUUUUUCUUUAUCAUCAUCACCAUCUCGGGGGCCACGAACUCAUACAAGGUCAGCUAGUCAUGCUGGAGUUCUUGCAACUUCUUCAUCUACAACGGGGACAGGUUUUCAACCUUUAAGCCAUGAUUCGCCGGCUAAUUCCAGUGUAACUUUAUCAUCUGGAAUAUCACGUCCUUCGGCGUUAAAAAAACCUGGGCAUCAGCGUGCACUCUCACAAGGCCAAGCAGCUCUUGGUGAUAUGCAACCAGGUUUACAAUCCCAGGUGGGACACAGUCGAGUUGGUUCAAAAACUGAUUUUAUAUUACCACCUGGUCAUCGAGAAGGUCCUAGACCUUCCAUAGCAGUCACUGGCGGUAUAAAAACACCAUCUUUUCGUGGUCAUUCUCGACAAGCUUCAAGAUCAGAGUCAAUUUAUACAAUAAGGCGUGGUGUAGCACCGUCUUGGUGGAGAAGACUAUGUGCUCAUUUAGGUCUCGGUCAUCCUCCUAUAGAAGAAUCAUCACGAUUAAGAACUAUUGUACCUAAUCAUCUCGUACCUUCAAAAACACCAGCACGACUACAUCCAAAUGGUCUAUAUGUUGACAAUAGUGUACGAACAACUAAAUAUACAACUUUAACCUUCUUGCCGCGUAAUUUGCUGGAACAGUUUCACAGAGUCGCAAACCUCUACUUUGUUUUUAUUGUUCUACUUAAUUGGGUACCAGCUAUCAAUGCAUUCGGCAAAGAAAUUGCAAUGAUUCCCGUUGUUUUUGUUCUUGGUGUAACUGCAGUUAAAGACUUCUUCGAAGAUAGAAGAAGAUACGCAAGUGAUCGUAGAGUUAAUAAUUCAAUGUGUAGAGUAUACGUUAGUGAAAUUGAUCGAUAUGCUAAAGUUGCGUGGAAAGAUAUUAAAGUUGGAGAUGUGGUGCAUUUAUCAAAUAAUGAAGUAGUCCCAGCAGAUAUUCUUUUACUUAGAAGUAGUGAUCCUCAAGGAUGUGCUUUUUUAGAUACUUGUAAUCUUGACGGAGAAACGAAUUUAAAACAACGUCAAGUUAUACGAGGUUUUCUAGAUCAUCAAAAUUCAUUUCAACCAUCUAAAUUUCGAUCAGUCAUUGAAGUUGAUCAACCAACGACUAAAAUUUACAGAUUUUAUGGAGCUGUUGUGCAUCCUAAUGGUACAAAAAUAGGAGUAACAACAGAAAAUCUUUUACUACGAGAAUGUUUGCUCAAAAAUACCGAUUUUGUAGAAGGGAUUGUUGUUUAUGCUGGCCAUGAAACAAAAGCUAUGUUAAAUAAUGGAGGACCACGUUAUAAAAGAUCAAAACUUGAGAGACAAAUGAAUUUAGACAUUGUUUGGUGUGUAGUAAUAUUAGUAGUGCUUUGUAUUAUUGGUGCGGUUGGCUGUAAAUUUUGGCUCUCUGCAUUUUCUGCUGAUGAUGCGCCAUUAUUUUUACCACUUUUAUCAUCUCAAAAUCCUAGUUAUGAAGGUAUGCUUACUUUUUGGACAUUCGUCAUAAUUCUACAAGUCAUGAUACCUAUAAGUUUAUACGUAACGAUGGAAAUGGCAAAAAUAGGACAAGUCUAUCAUAUUGGACAUGAUACUGAACUUUAUGAUGAAGUAAGCCAACGUAAAGCUGAAUGUCGAGCUUUAAAUAUCACUGAAGAAUUAGGACAAAUACAAUAUGUGUUUUCUGAUAAAACAGGAACAUUAACAGAAAAUAAAAUGAUAUUUAGAAGAUGUACAGUUGGUGGUCAAGAUUAUUCUCAUUCUGGUGAGAAUGAAAAUUUAACAAUAUGUACUCGAUUAAAAGAAGAUUUAUCAAUAGGAAAUAUGAGACACAGACUUCAAGAAUUUCUUAUAUUAUUAGCUAUUUGUAACACUGUUGUAGUUAAUACUACUCCACAUCAUGACACAAUGAAUUCAAGUGGAGUAAUUGAAGAGCCUGAAAAUAAUGAAGUACCUAUUAUAAAAUAUAAAAAUCAACAAUUAUCAGGACUGCAAGCAUUAACUUCAGCAUCAUCAUCGCCAUCAUCUUCGAUAUCAUCAUCAGCCCAAUUAUCAGCUCCACCACCGUCAUUAUUGCCAUCUCAACUAUUACCAUUAUCAACACUGCCCUUAACUACUUCAUUUGAAGAAUAUGAUCACGGAAAUACAGCUGCCUCAGCUUCUUCGAUAUUUAAUAAAACGCCACGAUCAAAUAGAAAUUUUUCAAAUAAAAUUCCUAGGCCAAAAUUAUUAAAUAUUCCAACAAUAUCCGGAAUGCUCAUCAGAAAAAAUUCACCAAGUGAAAAAGCCCGAAGAAAUAGAAAUAUAAAUAGUAAUUCUCAAGAUAUUUAUAUAUCAAAUAUAAAUUCUCCACCACUUACAGACGAUCCCACAAAUAUUAUUUACGAAGCUGAAAGUCCUGAUGAACUUGCAUUAGUUCAUGCUGCCAAAGCUUAUAAUAUAAGAUUAAUUAAAAGAACAGCCUCAAGUAUUAUAAUAUCAUUGCCUGAUAGAUCAACACUUACAUUUGAAGUUCUUCAUAUUUUACCUUUUGAUUCGAAUAGAAAAUGUAUGUCUAUUAUUGUACGACAUCCACUUACUAAUGAAAUUACUUUAUAUACAAAAGGAGCUGAUACUACUAUUUUAUCAUCAUUAACAGAAAGUUCUUCAACUGGUAUAUUUGAUGAUGAUCAAUCAUCAGCAAUAUCUACCUCAAAUACUGUCAACGUAGUUAGACAACAAUUAUAUACAUAUGCUCGUCAAGGUUUAAGAACUUUAGCAAUGGCCAAAAGAUCUUUAACACAAAAUGAAUUUGAUGUUUGGAAUGAAAAAUUUAUGGAAAUAGAUAAAUUAGCAACAAAUGAUAAUCGUGAUCGUAAACUUCGUGAAUGUUAUGCAUCACUUGAAUCCCACUUGACGUUAUUAGGAGCUACUGGAAUUGAAGAUAAACUCCAAGAGGGUGUACCUGAAGCUAUAAGCACUUUAAUAGAAGCAGGAAUAGUCGUUUGGCUUUUAACGGGAGAUAAACCUGAAACUGCAGUGAAUAUUGCAUAUUUAGCAAAAUUAUUUACACCAGCAAUGCAAUUAUUAAGAUUGCAAACCCGGUCUAAAUCGAUUACAGAAACUUUAAUACGUGGUUAUCUCGAAGCUAUUAGACUUAAUGAAACUGAAAAUGAAAGACAACAACGGGCACUUGUUGUAGAUGGAAAAACAUUGACUUUUAUUCUAGAUCCUCGAUCGGGUCUUACUAAUGUAUUUUUAGAAUUAACACAAAACUGUUCCAGUGUUUUAGCUUGUCGUGUUACACCUUUACAGAAAGCUUAUAUUGUUAAAACUGUGAAGGAUAAAUUACGUAUACGAACAUUAGCAAUAGGAGAUGGUGCUAACGAUGUGAGUAUGAUCCAAACUGCUGAUGUAGGAGUCGGAGUUUCUGGAAGAGAAGGAACACAAGCAGUUAUGGCAUCAGAUUUUGCUAUUGCUAAAUUUCCGAUGCUCACACGAUUACUCCUAUUACAUGGCCAAUGGUCUUAUGAUAGACUUGCUCGGAUGAUUCUUUAUUUUUUUCAUAAAAAUGCCAUUUUUGUUUUUCUCAUCUUCUGGUAUCAGCUUUAUUGUGGUUUUUCUGGAACUGUAAUGAUUGAUCAAAUGUACCUGAUGUUUUACAACCUUUUUUUUACCUCACUUCCGCCUUUGGCUGUUGGAAUUUAUGACAGAAUUGCUUCAUCGAAGAUUUUGUUGUCUUAUCCAGAACUUUAUAGUCGAGGAAGACUUGGGCUUGUUUAUAAACCACAUUCAUUUUGGAUUACUAUAACAGAUGCACUUUAUCAAAGUAUCGUUAUAUUUUUCAUAACUGAAGCUGCUUAUCAUGAUUCUGAUGUUGAUAUUUGGGAGUUUGGUACUACAAUAAUUACAUCAUGCAUCAUUGUAAUGCUUAUUUAUGCAGGAUUGGAAGUUAGAUCAUGGACUAUUAUUCACAUUGGAACUAUUAUAAUUUCACUCGGAAUCUUUUUUGGAUUUAGCUUUUUUUACAAUGUUAUUUACAUCGGUUUUAUGGAUUUAGCUAAAUCGUAUUGGGUUAUGCCAACUGCCAUUUCACGUCUUUCAUAUUGGCUUACAGUGAUAUUAUCAUCCGUCCUUGCUAUUUUACCAAGACUUGUGUAUAGAGCAGUAAAAAAUACAGUAGCUCCAGACAUGAUGCUACGGGCUAAGAUGGAGUAUCAAAUAAAACAAGAAGCUGCAAAAACAACAUCUAUGAUGAUGACUCCUUCACAGGCUUCUACAACGACUGAAAGGUAUCGAAGAACAAGUCGAAAUAGUAUCAUCACCACUGAUUGUUUACGAACAUCACAACACACACGGUAAUCUGGAAAUAAUGAAGACUUAAACAACACAUUAACUACUAUUGUUGCAUGAAACGGCACAUCAGGACGUAAGUUCAAUGAAUCUUAAAUUGAAAUGCGAUUGUUUUCUACGUGAAUAAAAUUCUAAUGAAAGAAAAACGCAUACCAGUAAAUAAAUGAUCAAAGAAUUAAUAUUUUUAUAAAAGUGUAUUUACUUAGAUAAUUGUCGUAGAUUUCAUGAUGAUGGAAUUGAUGUAUAAAUACACUAAUUGGUUAUAUCUUGAAGUUUGUUUAUUGGUAAAGGUUUUUCAAAUGUAACUUUCAAAAUUAAUUUUUAUAUUAUCAGAUAGAAAAACUAUAAUGAUUAAUUGUUGAGACUAUUUUAUAAGAAAGUUUAAAUAAUUGAAUUUAAAAUGGAGAUGAAUGUUAACAACUUUUUCAAGAAUCAGGUAUUCAAGAUGUUGAUCAAUAAAAAAAAAAAAAUAAAUGUAUGGUUGGAAUGAUGUUAUGCAUAGAAAUAUUGGUAUGUCCAAGAUUAAUAUAUUUAUUUAUUUAUUUUUUUACUCUAUAAUAUUUAAAAAUAAUUUAAUGUAUACACAUUUUCAUUUUAUUACUACAAUGAAAAAUUAUCUUAAUUACAAUUAUGAAAUAUUACAAAUAAUGAAUGACCUUGCAAGUGUGGUCUACAAUUUAUUGCAUUUAUCGGCUGUGACUAUAAGAUACAAGGGACCAAGUAUUUUAUUAAUAGAAUGAAAUACAUAUUGAAGUUGACAAUCGCAAGACUUGCGUCUUAAUAUAAUACUAAAACAUAACGAAAAAUGUGUUCUAGCCAAGAACUAAAUCAGUUCAAUCAAUUUAUCAUAAUAUUUAACACAUUUUUUGCAUCGUUAAAAUACAAUAGUAAUUGUAUGUAAAUUAUUUAAACUGGAGAGCUAUGCAUUUUGCAUUUAAAACUUUUAUAUGUUUUGCAUACGAUAAAAUAUUUUAUGUACUGAAAUUGGAGUAGUAAUAAUUGUGAUUACUAAUUUGAAUAAUGAGUUUAAAUAUAAAUGUUAAUAAUAAUAUAAGAAUACCUCAUAAGAUGUGUCAAUAUCACUUAGAAGUAAAAAGAUAUUGAAAAAUAAAAGUUAAUCACUUAAUGAUUAUUAUAUUGUCUAUACAAUUUAACGUGCAAGUUGAAAUAUAUCAAGAGCCCAUUUAUGUACAUGUACAUACUUGUUAUAAAUAGUUACAAAUACUAUU